CCGUCAAGUAACAACUAACCUAAAAAACAAAAUAUUCAGUUUGUAAAUUUUGUGAAUGUAGAAAAGUAUUUGAAAUGACUAAACUUACGUUUUCUACUAAUGAAGUUGUGAGUUUGGAAAGGAAAAUAGAUUCAACUGAUGAUAUUAUUCCAACUGAGAUUGAAGAUUUGGAAUAUGUUUAUGAAAUCAGUAGGUGUGCAGAAUGGAUAAGAUCUAAUCAGUUUCAAAAGGUAUGUCUACAGUUCCCUGAUCAUUUACUUCCAGAUUCUAGUGAAGUGACCUUAAAACUACAAAAUGUCCUAGGUCAAACCAUAUAUAUUCUAGGAGAUACUGCUUAUGAAAGUUGUUGUGUUGACUAUAUUGCAGCUGCACACAUCAAUGCAGAUGCAAUCAUUCAUUAUGGACCUGUAUGUUUUUCCAAAUCUUCAGGAAAAAUUCCCUACCUGAAUAUUUAUGAAAAACAUCAACUCAAUGUUGAUGAAGUCAAGAACCAAAUCUGUGAUAAAUUGGGAACAUUUAUGGAAGAAAUAAUAAUUUUAGUUGAUACACCAUACUUACAUCUUUCAGGGGAUUUAGUUUCUGUUUUUAUGGAUUUCAAUAGAAUAUCUGUGAAAAGAAUAGAUGAGACCCAUUCAAUUUCCAAUGGUGAAUUGAUAGUCUUUCUCUGUAGAAAUAAACAAAAAUUAAUAAAUGUCCAAUUAACUUUCCCUACAAUCAAAUUGUUCUAUUAUGAUGGUAAUUCCUUGAAGAUGUAUGAUGCUCAUUCCAGAGUUCUAAUGAAAAGGAAUUUUUUGACAGAAAAGAUUAAAGACAGUCAAACAAUUGGAAUUGUUAUUGGAACCCUUGGAGUGCAAAACUAUUUGGAAGUUAUUGAAAGAUUGAAAAACCUGAUAACUCUCAGUGGGAAGAAAUAUUACCUCAUCAGUGUAGGUAAACCAACAGUGGCCAAGCUUGCAAAUUUUCCAGAGCUCGAUGUUUAUGUCAUGGUAACGUGUUCAAUGAAUGAAAUAUACGAAAGCCGUGAUUUCUAUAAGCCCAUAGCCACUCCAUUUGACAUUGAAAUAGCAUUCAACACCAACAACACUGAAAAUAUUCAGUUCUCUUAUGAGUUCAACGGUGUUCUGGAUCGCAAAUUGGAACCUCUGAACGUACAAAUCACUAGCAGACAAGAAGAUGUUAGUUUGCUUACAAAUAAAAUCAGGUCGAAUGUCGGUGAUACGACUUUCGUCUCUUCGGAAGGAGGAACUCAAAUAGCCUUGAAGAGUGAUGGAACUUUGGCUUUGAAUACAAGUCAUGGAGCAGGAUAUCUUGCCGAUCGAUCUUGGAAAGGUUUAGAACAAAACUUGGGGCAAACUGAAGUUGAGCUAGCCCAGGAAGGUAGAUCGGGGAUUGCUCAGAAAUAUAAGGACGAACCAACUUAGUUCAAAUAUGAUAAGUUGUCAAUGUAUAUAGGCUAUAAGAUCAUUGUACAGCAUAAAAUUAUAUUAAUCAU